UAUAUUAGAGGAAAUGACAGACACUUUUCAGCCAUGUAUCAUUGUCCAUGGAGGAGCAUUUAAUAUUUCUGAAUCUUAUUGGAAAAGAUAUAAAGAAGGAACACAGUCUGCUGCCAGAAGUGGGUAUGCAGUACUUAUUGAGAAUGCUACCAACACUAUUAUUGGAUUGCUACCUUUUUAAUUAGGGUGGUUCAGCAUUAGAUGCAGUCGAAAAAGCUGUACGGAGUUUGGAAGACAACCCUGUUUUUAAUGCAGGCCACGGCUCAGUGCUAACAGAGAGUGGAACUAUCGAAAUGGAUGCUAUAAUUGUUGAUGGCAGAACAACUAAAACAGGAGGUGUUACAUGUGUAAGAGAUAUUGCGAAUCCAGUUUCUCUGGCACGCAAAGUUAUGGAAGAAACCUGUCACUGUUUGUUAUGUGGAGAGGGAGCAAUAAAAUUUGCUGAAUCAAUAAAUUUCCCUAUCUUAUUAGAUCCAAGCAAACUAAUUUCUAACGAGUCGGUCUGUAAAAGUUUCGUCGUCAAGGAAGGUACCUUUGAUGCACAUAUUGAAGCAUAUAUGAACCAAAUUGUAAACGCGAAAGACAUUUCCGAUUUGGAAUCCACCUUUAAAACGAUAAUGAAGGAAAACAGAUUUUCUCAGAACGGCCAUGACACUGUCGGAGCAGUUGCUAUUGACAACGAUGGAAAUAUUGCAUGUGCUACAUCUACUGGCGGAAUGCCAGGCAAAAAACUUGGACGAGUUGGUGAUAGUCCGCUACUGGGUUGUGGUGCGUACGCUAAUGCUACUGGCGGUUGUUCAUCAACUGGUCACGGAGAAUGUCUCAUAAGAAGCACUAUAUGCAGGGAGGCUGUCUUUUAUUUGGAACAAGGUUUGUCAGCGCAAGAUGCGGCACAGAAAAGCAUCGACCGUACAUUAGAUAUGACGGGUGGCCGCGGUGGCAUCAUUUUAAUCGACAAACAUGGAAAGAUUGGGAAAGCAUUUAACACCAGCAACAUGGCAUGGGCUUCGGUAUCGCCACGUGGUGUGGAGCAUGGAUUGCUACCAUGUGAAUUGAAUUUUGAAAGUUUAUAAAGAAGAACAAUAUUAACGAUAUAAAUGUUAAAAAGAAAAUAAAUAUAUACAAUUUA